AUGGAUGACUUCUCCGACGACGAUUUUGACGACCUGAACGACGUCACCCUCCAAGAGCUCGAGAACAACGCCAUCCAGUUCACCCAGGUACAGCGCAAGCCCGAAUCUCAAACUUAUGACCGUUCCCAAGUCCAAAAUUACGAUGACCUCGAGUUCGAAGACGACGACCUAGAUGACACAGAGGUAACCAACGAGCUUUUGCCUCCCGUUGCUCGUCCGGUCGCAGACAAGACCAUUGCCCAGCAUCAGCCCCAACCACCAAGACAUCCUUCUCUUCCACCACAGCAGCGAUGGAACCCUGCACCAGCCCCCGCCAAUCCACCUGUCCUGUCUUCGCGGCCUCGAUACCCUCCACCAGUACCGUCCUACGUUCCUCCGGACGCUUCGCAACGCUUUCAAAACGGCCCUGUCGGCGCUCCCUAUCGGCCCCUCCCAAGUCCAUACGUCAGGCCUCCCCCUCCACCCGCCUCCUCACGCUUCGACCCCCAGGACGCCGCCCAGUCACAAGUUCCCGGGGUGGUCAGCAACGAUGUCGUUGCUGCCCUUCAACAACGAGUCAAGGCACUCGAGGCUGAGCUCAACUCAACCCGUGGCGAAGUCUCCAUCAUACGGACAAAUUCAUCAAAAGCCGAGCAAGACCAUGUCGCUGAGGUGGCCCGCCUCAAGAGGCAAAAUGCCGAACAAGUUGCCAAGCAGGAGAGGGCUGUCGAGGCCGCCGUCGCUGCCGAGAGACAGGCCACCACCGAGCUGCAAUUCUUGCAGCGAGAUAUGAAAGAGGCGUCGCGCCGUCCUCGUCCGCGGGAAACCGCUCCAAUACCUACGGCGCCGGGUACGACCACGCCUAAGAAGACGGCCAAGACCUGGGGCAUGGCGGACGGCUUCGACGACAUGGACAUUGCCCCGAGCCCGAGCAAGACUAGGGGGAAAUCUCGAGAUGCUGGUCCCGUUGCCGUGCCUCUGUCCGAGAGGACACCUACCAAAGGCAAACGGAAAAGACCAACGGUUGACAGUCCGGUCAUGGCUCUGGAAACUCACGCCGAGGACAUCGUCAUGGUUGACGAAACGGCGACUGCAAACUCCGCAGUUCGCUAUUCGGGCCCUGGUCCAACUGCGCUCCCUUUCGAGCUACUAAUAGACUUCGCCCACCACGUAAUCCGCAUGUGGAGCCAAUGUUUGGACGAGGGCUUCCUUCGACCGAUCUGGGACUUGGCCUCACUGCUCUCAUUCACUCUCCAGCUGCAGACUAUAUCCGUUGUGCCGCAGAUCAUCAAGGAAUUGAUCCCAGUCCUGCAGCAGUCCAUCUACAUGGUUGCCGAAGCACGGUUCAAAAGCAUAGAUGGCAAUAUUUCAUCCGAUCCUAGCACGGACGCCAUGCAGCAGCAGGUUGACACCACUUACAUCUUGUCCCUUCUCUACGCCUCUGCUGCAGCCUGCGCCACCAUCCUGGCGGAAACGGACGGCGGCGCGCAAACAAGGCAAGCUGAUUUUUGGCAACGAAUCACUCUCGACUUGGUUCUCAUCUUGCUCACGCCCAAGCAACGCUUAGACGACAUCAUCGGCAUGCUCGACAUGCUUUGCACUUCCGCACUGCCUAGCUCCAUCGGACCCAUCAUACCAGGAAAAGAGCCCGACUUGGUCGCCAGAAUGGUCAUUGACAAGGUUUCCCUCAACCUCGUUGACUUGCCUCGAGCCGCUUCCUCAACGAGCCAGAAGCACGCUGUGAGAUUUGCAGUUCUACGAACCCUAAUGGCUUUUGCUUGUACCCCUUAUGGAGCACGACAGAUCGCGGGCCACGUCAGUGUCAUACCACGUCUGGUUACAGCGCUGAGUGAGCUGGUUGAUAUUCUGUACGACGUUUCUGACCCUGUAGUGAAGACCGUUAGUGGCGCUUCUUCCGACUCGCGCAGGGACGGGCCCGUGAGUGCUACCCCGGACGACCCCCGCAAUAGUGUCGACGACUCGGAUGAUGGCCGUAAUGAUCCGUCUCUCCUGAUAUCGCAGAUCAUUUUGCUACUCCACACCAUGGUGACGGAUCCGACCACGGCCAAUAUUGCCAAUAUACUUCCCAAGCUCUCAGUGUCUCAUGGAGGUUCUCAGCGGUAUAUUCUGUCUCUUUCGAGGCUCAACUUUGCCGAGGAGGACUUGGUUUACGAAGCGGCCAUCGAUGCGGAUACGGUGGAUCGGGCCCAUGAGUUGCUGGAGCUUGCCGUCACUCCAGACGAAGGCGAUAGUAUUGCAGUGUCAUUCGGAGUAUGA